UCCCCGAGUGCCACACGUCGUUUUUUAUAUACCUCUGUUAGACGUUACAGUGUGUAAUGAUCUUUAUUUGGAAAGUAUUUUCUAUAUAUAAAUCGAAAAUAUAUCACUAAUUUAUAAGUACAACAUUAAACAAACUUAUUACAACAUGCUGAAGGAAUACGCGUUUGUAUUACUGUUAGUGGCUUGGAUUGUGCAGGGUUCAUUAGAAGCGUCUAAUCCUGCCACGAGAAUAAUAGGAGGUGAAGACGCGGAAGAAGGUGCUUUUCCGUAUCAAGUAUCCUUAAGGCGAACUCCUGAUCUCUCCGAACACCAAUGUGGUGGAACACUUAUCAGACCGACAUUCGUGCUCACAGCUGCCCAUUGCACAUACGGACUACCAGCUAAUCGGGUACGAGUGGUCGUAGGUACCAACACAAUAUCAUCAGGUGGUACGAUGUAUACCGUUACUAAAAUUAUAAACCAUGAGAAUUAUAAUAGAAGGACUGUACUGAACGAUAUUUCGCUCAUCCAAACAACUGAAAUAAGCUUCAACUCCAAAGUAGCUCCUUUACCUUUGACGAAUGAGCCUACUCCAGAUGGAACUCGGAGCGUAUUAACAGGAUGGGGUUGGACAAAGCCAAAUCGAAGCGGGAAAACUGAUAAACUGCAAGUUCUUUAUGUAAAUACCUUUCCGAUACAAGAAUGCAUAGAUAUUUUAAAGAAAGCUUUUCCAAGACAGCCAGUAACAACAAAUCACGUUUGCGCUUUCGAUAAAAACGGAACAGGUGCAUGUUUAUAUGAUUCUGGUGGUCCAUUGGCAGCUGGUGACGAGCUGAUCGGCAUCGUAUCCUGGGGAUAUCCAUGUGGAGGGGGAAACCCAGAUGUAUACACAAGCGUAUACAAGUAUCUUGCCUGGAUAUUAAAUCACAUUGAUUCAGCAUAGUGGAGACCUUUUUGACGAGGGCGUUACUAUGGUGUCCUAAAGCAUUAUAAGAGCUAGCGCGCAAGAGCAACUUUUGUCUCCACAACUAUUUUUUCUCUCCCAUCAACUCUAUUGGCUAGUAAGAAAGUGCGCGAACGUAGCGAUGCAACUCCCGGGAGACUUUUUUACUAUCCCAUAGAGUUGAUGGGAGACUGGGAGAGACAAAACAGUUGCGGAGACAAAAGUUGCUCUUGCGCGCUAGCUCUUAAUUCCAGGGCCAUCAUAUUCCCACACUAGAAAUAAUACUACUUUAAUAUAUUAUGGUAACCUCCCUGAAUUGCGAGUGGCUGAGGCAUCAGCUCGUCACGCCCAAUUAUUUGUAGUUAAGAAAAAUCCAUAUCUGUGUGCAUGUAUCUAAAGAAAAUAAACGUUUAUUUUAA